UUGCCAGCUCAGAAAUCCAAGUUCCCCAAACAAAAUUGUUUUAGAUUUUUGAAAGAAGAACCAAAGCGAACAAAUUAAACACACCCAUUUCCUUCUCUCUCUCUUUUCUCACAGAGUCUCUCUCGCGGCAAGAAAAAUUUUAAGCAUGAUCUUCUUCAAAACAAAACCCCCUCGAUAGAAUCCAAAGAGAGGGGGAGAGAAGCCGGUGCCGGGAUCUCAGCCUAUUGCACCCCUCUAAUCUCCGAUUCCUCGGAUCCCUCUCUUGUUCCUCUGAAUGUCUUAGGCUUCAAGGCAAUAUUGCCGCAGAAGUGCUUUUUUCCCCCUUAUGGAUUUAUGUGAAUAAUGAUGUAAGGCUUUUGGCCCCGCAAAUCAGCUGAUUGAUAUUGUGCAGCAGUUCAUAUCAAUAAAUGGAAAACCCUUCACCUCCGCCACCAGUGGGAUUUCCUGUCACCCUUUCUUCCCCAGGCACACGGCCUGAGCAAAGACUGGCAGCCCCUACAUUCUCCUCUCCAGUACCAACCAGGUUUUCUCCUCAAAGACCUCAACAAGAUCAGCUUCCAAAAUCUGUGUCCAGGACGCCUAGCUCGCUGUCAUCUGGUGAUGGAGUGCAGGCAAGCAGCCCUAUUCCCCUGUUCAGCACUCCUCCAGGUCCACCCAUCUUCUCUUCCCCUGUAAGACCAGCUGCUGUUCCUUUCUGUACAUCUCCUGCAACUCCUCAGCCGUUGGCCUUCUCCCCAGCCUCAUCAUUGCCCACUUCUUCUCCGCCACAUUUCUCAAAUGGUUCCACUGAAUUACCUUUGCACCAUUCUGCUAAUGUUGAUGAGUCCAAAUUUGAAUCACCAUAUGUUUUCUUCUCUGCUCAUAAGGUUUUGAAACGUAACAAACUAGCAAAUGUAUCCAGUUUAGGAUUUGGAGCAUUAGUAUCACCGGGGAAGGAGAUUACACCCGGUCCGCAAGUAGUGCAACGGAACCCUCAUCGGUGCCAAAACUGUGGUGCUUAUGCCAACCUCUAUUGUGAGAUAUUAAUUGGAUCUGGUCAGUGGCAAUGUGUUAUUUGUAAGAAAUUAAAUGGUAGUGAUGGUGAGUACAUAGCCACUAAUAAAGAAGAUGUCUGGCGCUUACCAGAACUCUCAUCUUCAGCAAUUGAUUAUAUUCAAACUGGAAAUAGAAAGCCAGGAUAUAUUCCUGUAUCUGACUCUAGAAUCCCAGCCCCUAUAUUUCUGGUUAUAGACGAAUGCUUGGAUGAGGCUCACUUGCAACAUCUACAAGGGUCUUUGCAUGCUUUUGUUGAUUCUCUUCCCGCAGCUACCAGGAUUGGUAUCAUUACCUAUGGCCGGACAGUGUCAGUUUAUGACUUUUCAGAGGGUUCUAUGGCCUCCGCUGAUGUGCUUCCUGGGGGUAGCUCACCCACUCAAGAUUCUUUAAAAGCACUUAUUUAUGGAACCGGCAUUUACCUAUCACCGAUUCAUGCUUCUCUUCCUGUUGCACACACUAUAUUUUCAUCUCUGAGGCCUUACAAGCUUAACUUGCCAGAAGCAUCCAGAGACAGAUGUCUUGGUACAGCAGUGAAGGUUGCUCUAGCAAUAAUUCAAGGGCCCUCAGCAGAAAUGGCUAGAGGAAUUAUCAAAAGAUCAGGAGGCAAUUGCAGAAUCUUGGUGUGUGCUGGUGGUCCGAAUACUUAUGGCCCUGGAUCAGUUCCUCACUCAUUUUCUCAUCCUAAUUAUCCAUACAUGGAGAAAUCUGCUAUGAAGUGGAUGGAGAAUCUGGGUCGUGAAGCACAGAGACAUGAUACUGUAGUUGACAUCCUAUGUGCUGGAACAUGCCCUGUACGGGUCCCUGUCCUUCAACCACUCGCAAAAAGUUCUGGAGGUGUGCUGGUGCUUCAUGAUGAUUUUGGGGAGGCUUUUGGUGUUAACUUGCAAAGAGCGUCUCUUAGAGCAGCAGGCUCUCAUGGCCUAUUUGAGAUACGAUGUUCAGAUGAUAUUCUUGUGACACAAAUCAUUGGGCCAGGUGAGGAGGCAUCUGCGGAUUCUCAUGAAACUUUCAAGAAUGACUCUUCCUUUUGUAUUCUUAUGCACAGUGUUGAGGAAACGCAGAGCUUUGCCCUGUCCAUGGAGACAAAAGGAGACAUCAAGAAUGAUUUUGUCUAUUUCCAGUUUGCUGUACGUUAUUCAAAUGUUUUCCAAGCAGAGAUUUCCAGAGUGAUUACUGUCAGGCUGCCCACUGUGGAUAGUGUCUCCAAAUAUCUUGCUAGCAUCCAGGAAGAUGUUGCAGCAGUAAUAAUUGCCAAGAGAACAAUUUUGCAUGCUAAAACUUCUUCUGACGCAAUAGAUAUGAGGCAAACUAUAGAUGAGAGAGUCAAAGAUAUUGCCUUAAAGUUUGGCGCUCAAGUAGAAAAAUCUAAACUUUAUCGAUUCCCUAAGGAGAUCUCAUCUCUACCAGAGAACUUGUUUCAUCUGAAGAGAGGACCUCUAUUAGGAAGUAUAGUUGGCCAUGAAGAUGAAAGAUCUGUAUUGAGACAUUUGUUUCUGAAUGCGUCAUUUGAUUUGUCCCUUCGCAUGUUGGCACCUCGUUGCUUGAUGCAUCGUGAAGGGGGAACCUUUGAGGAGCUGCCAGCAUAUGAUCUUGCCAUGCAGUCUAAUGCAGCAGUUGUGCUUGACCAUGGAACAGAUGUUUUCAUAUGGCUGGGUGCUGAACUUGCUGCUCAAGAAGGGAAAAGCGCAGCAGCUUUAGCGGCUUGCAGAACAUUAGCCGAGGAGCUCACCGAAUUGCGAUUUCCGGCUCCUAGGAUCCUUGCAUUCAAAGAGGGUAGUUCUCAAGCACGGUAUUUCGUUUCUCGACUAGUACCAGCACAUAAAGAUCCUCCAUAUGAACAGGAAGCAAGAUUUCCUCAGUUGCGGUCACUGACCACAGACCAGAGAGCAAGGCUUAAGAGCAGUUUUCUUCACUUUGAUGACCUUAGCUUCUGUGAGUGGAUGCGCAGUCUGAAACUUGUGCCGCCGGAACCAAGAUAA